AGAAAAAUGCGCCCAUUUAGGGGCGGGGGAGCAAGGGGUGCAAGCAAUGUGAAAUUUCUCCACAAAAAGCUAAAGAACAUGUGCCCAUUAUUCUGUUCAGAUAAUGUUCCACCGACAAUUCUGUUCGGUCUACCCAGGGGAUCAGCGGCUAUUGAGCCCUCGGGCGCCCUGGCUGUCUUCCCAGGAAGUAUACUACACCUAGAGUGUUUAUUUGCCCGACGCAUGGGCAAUCCAGAGUGGACAUGGAACUCCACAUUUCGUCAACAUCUCACGGGCUGGGCUAUUGCACCGUCCGAGAAAGAUUGGAAGUACAGGCUGUCGAUAUAUUACGUGAAGAAUCAAGAUUCUGGGGUUUAUACCUGCUCUACGCCCAAAGGCCUAACUAAUUCCAUAAAAAUCCACGUC